GCAAAUCUGUCGGAAUGUUGUCCCUGGCCAUGAUGGUGGGACUGGUCCCCAUUGUGUCUCUCAUUGGUUUGAUCUACUCAGCCACCGUGGAUGAAAACUUCCCUCAGGGCUGCACGAGCAGCAGCAGUGUGUGUUUCUACAGCCUGCUGCUGCCGCUCACCCUCCCCGUCUACGUCUUCUUCCAUCUCUGGAGCUGGAUGGGGAUCAAACUCUUCAGACACAACUAGGCGUUUCGCUCUAACAGUAAUAACGUUUUCUAAUGCAGUUUGCGUUUUUUGAUCCUUAAUUACGUAUUUAUAGACAGUUUAAGACCCAAAGACGAUGUUAAAUUAAAAACGUGACCCUUAUUUUCUUAAAACACGUUGAAUUUUCUCACUCUGUCAGGAUCGUUUGGCUGUUUAUAACUGCAGGUUACAAGUUUUCCAUAGCAAUUGUAAAUCUGCGUCACAAUUUCAAUGUUUUA